GUCGAUGGAGGCGGCCGCACGACCACAAUCCAACGACGGAAGCCAGCGCGACGGCGGCUUCCACCACGAGAACGAGUAGCGUCGAGUUCGCCUUACUAACUUGGUGACUUGAUCAAUCAGUGUGAGCGCGGUCUAUCGCGGCCAAAAAGCAAUUCCAUUCGACGAGUGUCGAUUGCGCAAUCGGUUAUCUGUUCGCGCGAUCCGCAAGUUUGCGCGAUUAUCGCAUCGCGACCGGGAAGGUCAAUCGGUAACGCAAGAGCUGGUGGUCUCGGGACAGAGACGAUCCGAUAUAGUGUCGCUGCUACCACGCUGGUGUCUGAGAAAAAUAUCCUUACACUUCCGUCGCGCGAGUUCGAUGCCUUCGCUGCGGGUGGUUCAGCUAAUAAUGAUCGGCCGCAAGGAUUAAGGGCCCAGGUAGCAGAAAUUUGCGGACACGCACUUGACAGCGAAUGGACAGUGGACCGACAAUGGAUAUCUUUGAAGAAGGAUGAUCGAGGUCUUUUGCACGCGCGAAGGAUUAUUGCGGAUGCGUCAAGUAUCGCAUUAUGAUUACAUAAUUCAUUAUGAACCGUCGUCGGAAUAUUUUUAAAAGUUCAGAUUUGGUUUCAGCUACUGGAACUCAAGUCCGCAGUUAUUUGCUUACAGUGCGGAAAUCAAAUACUAUUUUCAAGGACAAAUAAAUAAUUACACACGCGUAAUAUAUAUUAGAAAUUAUAUGCUUUUUUUUUUUUUUAUCAAAGAUUUAAAGCGCAAAAUGAUUAUCGUUUACAGGCUCGCGUUUUUCAAAGUGUUAAACGCAAAGGUAAAAACUGACAAUUAUGUGGAUUAUUGUGACAUUGUAAUGAUUGAAAAAUAAUUAUUAAGCAUUCGAGUUACUCUUUUGUGAUAAAGUACAUGGACCGUCGGAUGUAUCAUGAGAGAACGACGCUUUUAUAGAUUUCAUAGAUUUUUUGUGAUCUCGUAAAAAAAUUGUAAAAUCUUUCAAAAUUAAAACUUGCAAAUACGCUCAUUUUUUGUUGAAAAAAAUAUCAAGGCUUUAUUGGAGUAAGUCUUGAUGAAUGAGAAUGUAGUCGGCGUCAUUAUGAAUGAAAGUGCGUGAUUAAACAAUCGUCGCGUCCACUUGAACGUGCGGAUGCUUACUUUCGUCAUCAGUUAUUCAUCCGGCUGAUCUAUAAGACACAACGUUAUAGUAUCCCGAACUGCUGAAUAGCAGAAGCGGAAAAGUACGCCUCGCAAACACUCGACGAUAAAAAGCCUACAAGUGACAAUAUAUAAUAUAUAGACAAUGAAAGAACGUUCGCAGUGAUACAGAAUUGCCAGUGAAUUUUCGAAAUAAACAAGUCGCGCGGCACAGAGUGUUGAUCCAUUUUUCAUUUCCAAUUUUGAGAGCGGGAAAUCGCAUUUUUAAUCGAGACAAGUGGUUUUCAAGAUUCGAAAAACGCGGAGAAAGCUCGCGUUUGUUGCGUUCUAUUAUAUUUCCCGCGCUCCGGGACCGGCGAAUGUGCUCGGAACCCUGUCGUCUUCUGUCCGACACCUCGGUUCAUGAGAGCCACGCAGCCGCCAGCCAAGGAUGUCGGACAGUUCGGAACAGCUGUCAUCGCCGAACAGCGACUGCAACAGUCAGAUGGGCGUCGUGCAUCGCAAUGCAACCGCGCAGUACGGCAACGCGACGUCGAUGUCCGGUCUCGGGUUGACUCAUCAUCCCCAGAAUCUGACGCCUACGUCGAACGGCAGUCCCUCCUGGAGAGCUCCCGCGGAUACCGAUCCGCAAGAGCUCUCCACCUGCAGCUCCGCCAGCGUGAGCACAAACAUCACCAACAUUAGCAGCCUCUCCUUCAGCAGCACCACCAGCCUCUCCCUCAGCAGCACCAGCAAUUUCACGCCCGAGCAAAUAUCCUGCAUGUGCGAAGCGCUUUCGCAGAGUCAGGACAUCGAGAAGCUGUCGAGAUUUCUUUGGUCCCUGCCGCCUGGAGAACUGCUGCGUGGUGGCGAGAGUGUCCUGAUGGCACGUGCCGCCGUUGCCUUUCACCGCGGAGCUUACCACGAACUCUACUCGAUUCUGGAAAGCCAUCCCUUUUCGCCACGCCGUCACCCUGAACUUCAACAAAUGUGGUUUAAAUCGCACUACCGUGAAGCUGAGAAAAUUCGCGGUCGACCAUUGGGCGCCGUCGACAAGUAUCGACUGCGUAAAAAGUAUCCGCUGCCGAAGACGAUCUGGGACGGCGAGGAGACCGUUUACUGCUUCAAAGAACGAUCGAGAAACGCCUUGAAGGAAUGUUACAUGAGAAAUCGAUAUCCCACCCCGGACGAGAAGAAGAAUCUCGCGAAGAAGACCGGCCUGACGCUGACCCAGGUGUCAAAUUGGUUCAAGAAUCGCCGGCAGCGAGAUCGCACGCCGCAAACGAGAACAGAGAUGUUAUCGUUGAAUUGUCAAAGCACGACUAACAACACAAUUAGUAGCUCGGUGAGCAAUGGUGGCAGCCUCCAGUCGUUGCAGAGCAUCGAUUCCGAUAGUCCAAAUCUAACGAUGUCACCUCUGUCGACUAUGGGCAUGUCCCCAGUCGCCAUGAAUCCGUGCAGUCCGAUGGGUAUGAGUCCCAUGGGGCCUCAUCAUGGCUACGCUACUCCCGUUACGCCGUCGUCCGUUCAUACCGCGCAUCCCCAUAACGGCGGAUUGAGCCCCAUGAACGAUGUUAAGGCUCUGUGCUACGGACGCAGCGUGUACGACACAGGAAAAGACGCGUGCUCGGAGCAGAGCUCGGUCUACUACUCCAGCCACUCCAGCAUGCAUCAUCAGUAUUACCAGCAGACCCAUCAGAUGAUGUCCACGUCCCAUCAUCAUCACCAUCAUCAGCAAAGCGUACCGGCCGGUUACGAGAUCAUGCUACCGCCGCCUCAACAUUCCAUGUGACCAACGGAUUACGAGAGUGACCGAAGUAACCAGGCUCAUCACGGCCAGAGUGACGACGGGCUCGCGCGUAUACACGCCUUCGCCUGAUCUUACGGCUUUUUCUUUCGACUUUAUCCAAGUCGUAUCGCAGAUAAAGAACGGCAAUCGAGUGGAUGAAAACUUAGAAAAACAGCCGUUCUACAAUUCGGAUCAUUCAACGCACUCUCAUUGUCUCCCUUAAAAUAUUUACUUGCAAGAGCGUCGAAACUUUCUACAUGCAGUGUAAAUGUACGAUAUGCUCUGACGAUUCUUAAGUGAAUGUAGGUCUCUUGGGUUCUGCAAUUUAGAGAAAAUUAUUGACUUUGAAUCUAUUUCAAAAGGUGGGCAAACACACGGUGACUUUUUUUAAAAAUAACUAACUUGUAUGUGUAUUGAUGCAAUAAAAGAAAAGAUAGAAAAUUUAUAUGUCAAACGCAUGCACACAACAUAUACAUACACAUGUACAUCAGAUAGAAAAUCUAAUGAACUAUCUAUAAAUCGAUAAAUUAAAAAUAUAAUUAAAUAAAUUUUUCUUUUUAAGCAGGAAAUAUUUUUGAACUUAAUAUAUGACUAUAUGAAAAUAUUGUAAUUAUGAAAUUAUGAAUUUACUUUUUGAAAUGAAAUAUAAAUCGAAUCAAAUUAAUCCGUUGCCGUUUUUCAUUUUUAAUAUCAAUUCGAAAUAUAUUGAAUGAAAAUUACCGUGUAACCCACAGAUGAUUAUGUUAAUCGUACAGAUUCAUGCAACCAAAUGUUAUGUCACGAAACUAUGGGCACGUUUUAACCAAUGAGAAGACGAGAAUAUACUUAAAAGACUUGGGAGGAGCUAAAAAACUGGUUUUAUUUCGCACACCCUUCUUCAAGGUGUUCCGUAUGCGAUACGCGCGCUCCAGGUGCUCUUAAUUUUUUUCAGAACACACAUGCAAAAAUAUUUACUUCAUAUAUUUGUAUUCUCAGACAUUUUAUAAUCUCAUGAA